AAAAAAAAAAAAGGAAAGGCAGGCAGGCAGGCAGAAGAGUUACUUAGGACUUGGUUGGUGGCUUGUGGAGAAAAGUGCUGUGCUAGCAUGACAAGUGCUGUGCUAGCCUGACCUUACUUCAGACCCUUGGAAGCCACACAAAAGCUGUGUGCUCUUGUAACCCAAGCACUAAGUGGAUAGUUGGAUCCCAGGAGCUUCCUAGUUAACUGUGCUAUCCCAAAAGUCUAGCUCCAAGUCAAUGAGAGACCCUGUUUCAAAAAAUAAAGAGCAACACGGGAAGACACUUGCCAUUGACUUCCGGUCUCCACACGUGCAUACACCACACCACACAAGCAGUCCUGGCGUGCCAUGCAGUCCUGUGAAGUUCCCAGCACCGCCCAAGCACCACCCCUCACAUAUUUCAUCCUCACCCAAAAGCGCUGGAGUGGAUUUUCACCAAAAUCUAAGAAAGCGUCUUAAGCAAUUGUCCCAGCACUGAGCAGCUGGUGGGUUCUGGAGCAGGGACUUGGGCCAGAAGGAACUCCCACCUCUGGGGGAGCAGAUUUAGAAGGAUCCACUUUCCAGAUGAGGAGAAAGAGCCGAGAAAAAGAGAGUUGCCCAGCUCCCACCCUCUUCAGCUCCAUUGAUGCCCAGACCCUCCAAGGAGGAGCUAACCCGCUGUCUAGCAGAGGUGGUCAUGGAGGUGCUGACACUGGGCCAGGCCCAGCGGGGCCCCUGCACAGCUCUGCUCCACAAAGAGAUAUUUGAGACAGAGCCCCAUAGCUGUGUGUCCCCUGAGGAGAAGAAGUUGCUGGGUGAGGACUUCAACCAGCAGGAGUCUGGAAAGAUGAGGUCCAGCCAGGAGAUAAGGGAUGAGGAAGAGGAGGACGAAGCAGAGAGGACCCACAAGUCUGGGGUGCAGGAACAGGCAGUCCACACGAAGCUCCACAGCCAGCUUCACCAGGAGGAAGAAGAGGAGGAAAAGGAAGAAGAGGAGAAGAGCAUGCCGGGGAAGACCUCUGAGCAUGUGUGGAAGCAACAUCCAGAGGGAGGCCUCCAGAAGCGGGUGGCUGAGAAGGCUAGCGAUGAGGAGACGGCCCAGUUUCAGGAGGAGGGAAAGGGCAUGCAGCUCCUGGGCGGAGGCCGAAAUCUGUGGCAGGGGGCCGGGAGGGUCGGAGGAGAGAGGCGUGAAGAGUCCUCGAAGCAUAGCCACCACCUGGAGCAGCCUGGCACCAAGGCUAAGCAAGAGGAAGAGGCAGAGGAGGAAGAGGCUUUGGAGCAGGAGGAACACGAUGUGGAGCGGCUGGAGCGCAUGCAGGAGCAGUUAAAGAAGGCUACCGCCAUGCUAGGGGAGGCUCUCGGGAGGGAAGGCUGACCCCACGCCACUCCUUCCCCACACUCCCUGAGGCUCAGGACUGUUGACCUCAGAGCCUCCUUUCACCGGGCAUUCUGCUCCACUUCCAACUGGUAGGGACUGGAAGCAAGGAUGUGCCUGAGAACCAAGCCUGAGAGAAGCCUAUGGGCAGGGGCUGGGCUCCGGCUGACUCAGGACCCCGCCCACCCCUCCAUCCCUGAGUGAAUAAAGCACAAAGCAAAGCA